GGAGAUCUGGAAUCUACCGAUGGGCUGGACUCGGACGAUUCGUCCACAUCGGGUAAGCAGGUGUUGGUGGCCGUUUGCGCCAUGGCUAAAAAGUCCCAAUCAAAGCCAAUGAAAGAAAUUCUGACCCGACUGCAGGAGUUUGAGUUCAUUCGGAUGAUUGUGUUCAGUGAGGAGGUGAUCCUGAAGGAACCGGUCGAAAAAUGGCCACUGUGUGAUUGCCUGAUUUCGUUCCACUCCAAGGGCUUUCCCCUGGAGAAAGCCAUUCAGUAUGCACAGCUGAGGCAACCGUACGUGAUUAAUAAUUUGCACAUGCAGUUUGAUAUUCAGGUAGACCGGAGACGGGUGUAUGCGAUAUUGGAAAAAGAGGGUAUAGAAAUUCCUCGAUAUGCCGUCCUGGACAGAGAUUCGCCCGAUCCCCAAAAGCACGAGCUCGUGGAAUCUGAAGAUCAUGUGGAAGUGAAUGGGAUAAUUUUCAACAAACCUUUCGUAGAAAAACCUGUAUCAGCCGAAGACCAUAACAUCUACAUUUAUUAUCCUACUUCUGCUGGCGGCGGUAGUCAACGACUGUUCCGCAAGAUUGGGAGUCGUAGUAGUGUGUACUCACCGGAAUCGCGUGUACGUAAGACCGGUUCGUUCAUAUACGAAGAUUUCAUGCCGACGGAUGGGACUGAUGUCAAAGUGUACACAGUUGGACCAGAUUACGCCCAUGCGGAGGCUAGGAAGAGUCCAGCUCUGGAUGGCAAAGUCGAGCGAGACAGCGAUGGCAAAGAAAUUCGCUAUCCGGUCAUUUUAAGCAAUGCAGAAAAGUUGAUUUCGCGCAAAGUUUGCAUGGCAUUCAAACAAACGGUGUGCGGAUUCGAUCUGCUGCGUGCUAAUGGCAAAUCUUUUGUAUGUGAUGUGAAUGGUUUUAGUUUCGUUAAGAACUCAAACAAGUACUAUGAUGAUUGUGCUAAGAUAUUGGGCAACAUGGUUCUUCGCGAAUUGGCACCUACCCUGCACAUACCGUGGUCAGUUCCCUUCCAGCUGGAUGAUCCCGCUUUUGUACCGACAACCUUCGGCAAGAUGAUGGAACUUCGAUGCGUGACGGCCGUCAUCCGACAUGGCGAUCGAACACCGAAACAGAAGAUGAAAGUCGAAGUGAGGCAUCCGAAGUUUUUCGAAAUUUUUGAAAAGUAUGACGGCUACAAAUACGGUCAUAUUAAACUCAAAAGACCAAAGCAAUUGCAAGAAAUCCUAGAUAUAGCAAGGUCACUCCUGUCUGAGAUUCAAACUAAGGCUGCCGAUUCUGAGAUCGAAGAGAAACAAAGCAAAUUGGAGCAAUUGAAGAGCGUGUUAGAAAUGUACGGCCAUUUUUCUGGAAUCAAUCGUAAAGUUCAGAUGAAGUAUCAACCGAAAGGUCGCCCGCGAGGAUCAAGUUCAGACGAUGGUAAACACCGUUCUAUAGAUGCCCCCAAGGAGCCUUCGCUGGUACUGAUACUCAAAUGGGGCGGAGAGCUUACACCGGCAGGCCGUAUCCAGGCAGAAGAAUUGGGUCGAAUUUUCCGUUGCAUGUAUCCUGGUGGACAGAGCCGCGAUGGGAAAGAAGGACUUGGAAUGCAGGGUCUGGGGCUGCUACGCUUGCAUUCCACCUUCCGACAUGAUCUUAAAAUCUACGCUUCCGACGAGGGUCGAGUGCAAAUGACGGCAGCCGCGUUUGCCAAAGGUCUGCUUGCUUUAGAAGGAGAGUUGACACCCAUUUUGGUGCAGAUGGUGAAAAGUGCAAAUACCAAUGGUUUGCUGGACAAUGACUGUGAUUCCAGCAAAUAUCAAAACAUGGCAAAAUCUCGCUUACACGAAUUGAUGCAAAUAGAUCGGGAUUUUACCUUGGAAGAUCGUUGUGCCAUCAAUCCAGGGAAUGCUAUAAGCAUUAACUUGGCUAUGGAUUUUGUUAAAAAUCCUGUAAAGUGCUGUGCACAUGUCCAUUCAUUAAUUAAAUCAUUGUUGGAUGUAGUAACUGUUAAAAAGGAAGAUCUUAAGACUAAAGAUGCUGUUUUGUACCAUGGAGAAACGUGGGAAUUGAUGGGAAGGCGGUGGGGAAAAAUAGAAAAGGAUUUCUGCACCAAAAGUAAAAAUUACGAUAUCUCGAAAAUUCCAGAUAUUUAUGACUGUAUAAAAUACGACUUACAACACAAUCAACACACUUUGCAGUUUGAUCUAGCGGAAGAGUUAUACAUAUACGCAAAAAAUUUAGCAGAUGUUGUUAUUCCCCAGGAGUAUGGACUAACUGUACCGGAAAAAUUGACGAUCGGUCAAGGAAUAUGUACCCCACUUCUGAAAAAAAUACGAGCCGAUUUGCAGCGCAAUAUCGAAGAAGUUGGUGAUGAAAGUAUAAACCGAUUGAAUCCCCGUUACAGUCAUGGUGUUUCCAGCCCUGGUCGACAUGUCCGCACUCGUCUGUACUUCACUAGCGAAAGCCACGUCCACUCACUGUUAACGGUGUUACGUUAUGGAGGUUUGUUGAAUGUUUUAACCGACGAACAGUGGAGACGAGCGAUGGAAUAUGUGUCCAUGGUGUCCGAAUUGAACUAUAUGUCUCAAAUUGUGAUAAUGCUGUACGAAGAUCCAACCAAGGAUCCUUGCUCGGAGGAACGGUUCCACGUUGAAUUACAUUUUAGCCCCGGGGUAAACUGCUGUGUUCAGAAGAAUUUGCCUCCGGGUCCGGGCUUUCGGCCCCACAGCCGCAAUGAUUCGGUUACGUCCAAGAAUGCGAGUGGCGAUGAAGAUAGUACAUCGCGUAUCGAUGAGGAAAACGACACAGAAGAGGAAAAUUCACUCGGAUCCGGUCAAUUUCAUACAAAGGAAAAUCCUGACGUUACCAAAAGCAAAGAUAAAAGGAUCAGAAAAAUAAAGUCCUCGGAGCCGAUCCCCAUAGGGUCUUGCCACACCGUUUCUGGCCACGAGGCAAUGGAUCUAGCCAAACGCCUCAGCGAAGAAUUGGCAGCUCAGCAGCAGGCAGCAUCCGGAGGCCAGCGCCCCUUGAGUCCCGAUGAACCUCGAGCGGCGCGGUCUUUCGAAAAGCAUGGUCGGAUCAAAGACGUAUCGUCAUCUGUCCAGGUGCCUGCGGCUAGUCAUAAGUUUGAUUCGGCCACGAAUGAACUUCCUCUGUGGUCAAUAGAUCUAUCCCAAAUACCGAAAACUCCAGAUGAUUACAAUCUAGGAAUGGGUGUUCAAAUUUUCGGCAUCAAAAAGAACAAUAGCGAUGAAAAAGGCAACAUAUCCAUGGCGGCGACCAAUGAGAGACCCCUUUCGUGUCAAUGUUUAUUCAUGCACGAUACUAAUUCAUGCGAUUCUAUAAGUGAAUUUACGCCCAACAUGGAUGAUCAAGAGCUUUACGUGUCCUCUUUUUCCGACACGAAUUCCGAGACAUCGCGCUAUUACAGUGCUUGUCACGAUCUCGACCCAUUUCACUACAAGUAUCCACUGAGAAGUCGAGCCCUUUCAUACACAUUUUCAAACGACCCAGAGAAAGACAAUCUAGUUCUGCCAUUCAAUGGGUACAGCUACAAAUCAAUGUUGUACUCGUCGAUUCCGUUGAUCAGCAAAAGUUUCGAUGACCUAGAUUACCUGACAGAUGCCGAAACGCCUCGCAUUCUACAAUCCGAUUCCACCACAACCCUGCUCUUUCAUGUGAAGUACACGAACCAACAAAGUCCCAGUCCCAGAUCCCGUUCACAGACGCUCGAUAGUCCCAGUUCUACCAUUCGACUUCAGCCUCUUUUCUUGAUCGAUCGUGUCGGUCUAACGCGCGUUGCUAGCGAUCCGGGGCUCCAAUUUCGCCGCCCCUUGACCCCCGACAUCCCGGACGAAAAUGACCUGACACUAGCACAGACACAAGAUGUGACCACCAAUGACGACUUCUCCGGAAAUCAAUCGGUCUUGUUUGUAUCACUUAUGACGCCUCCCCCAAACGACUCCAGUCUCCUCGACUUUGAAUGCGUGUUCAAUGAGGCGCGAUCGCAAAAUCUCGCUGUUCUAGUUAGUAGUGUUAGUAGUGAUUGCGCACCCAUUACGACCGCUAGUUCUACCGCAACAACUAACAACAUGAGUAACAAUAACCUUGCACCUAACCGUAAACCUCACUAUUCGAAAUUCGUCAAAUCGUACACCACAGACAACAGCGCGAAUCAUCCGUCCGCGAGUGGCGGAGGUGGCAGCACUGUUGCGAUUGGUGGUGGGGUCGGCGGCGUUGGCGCGGGUUCUUCCUCCCAUGGGUCGUCCCAUUCGUCCACGGCAGGCGGCAGUGGCACAGCAGUAAGACGUCAACGACACAGCAUUGCCGGCCAGAUGAGCUACUUUAAAAUGUUAGGUGGCUUCGGCAAAAAGAUGGCUACCAGCACCAACAGUUUGUUCAGCACGGCGGUCAUCAGCGGAAGUUCCUCGGCACCGAAUCUUCGGGACAUGAUCCCGAACACGGCUUCUCCGUCAGGUAAAUAUUUGAUGCUAAUGUUCUGGUAUGUUUUCUUUUUUUUUGUCCGAUAAAAAUGAUGAAUCGAAAGCACAAGCUGUAUUGCCAAAAGAUCUUAAUCGGAGAUUCCAAUACAAUUACAACACGAUUUUUGGUUCCUUGAGAGUUACAACUUAAGGGGGGGGUAGGGUCUAACACUUUCAAAAAAUCGAUUUUUUUUAUUUUUUUAUUUUCUUAUUGUAAAACAUUUCAAGAAUGUUGUGUCAAAUUUUCAAGUCAAUUGAAGCAAAACUGUAGAAGUUAUGGGCCUUUAUCUCCUCCUAUCUAAUACUGCAAGAAAGCAAGAGCAGAAACUUCAAACGCGUUUUUCUCGAAAGCACAUUUUUAAAGUCCGUGGACAUCGUCAUUUGAAAACUACUUAUCCGAUUCUUUUCAAAUUUGGAACAUAUUUUCUACAUAUAAAAUACCAGACCCCAACGUUUUUCUUUUUUGAUUUUUUUACUUUGGGGAGAUUUUAGAGGUGAAAAAUGGCGGAUUUUUAAGUAAAAAAUCGUAGUUUUUACUUCAAACAGCCACAAAAAAUUUCAUAAAAAUAUUUUUAAGUUAAAUAAAAACGUUGGGGUCCAGAAAAACAUCUAUUAAAAAUAUUUUGCUCUGAUUUUUUGACUUCAGAUGAUUCUGUGCUGAGAUAGAGUGUCCACCGCAAAUCCUGUUUUUUAAAAGGCAUCCUCGAAAAUGCUUCGUCACCGGCUCAUUUUUCAAUAUUUUUCUACGAAAAAAUUACUAAAUGUUCUUUUAACAAUGCUUUGUAUAAUGCAAACAAUUUGAAUACAUUUGUUUGAACGAUAGCUCUAGAAAAAAAUCGUGAAAAUAGUGUUUUUUUUAUACCCGUUAGACCCUACCCCCCCCUUAAGUAUUUGAUUAAUUGCCUUUCUUCCUCAAACGUUUGGUAUAACUCAUGAAAAAUUAUGUAAAAUUAUGCUAGUAACAUGUUCCACUUCGAAAGAUUCAAACUUUACCUUUAAACUGUUUUUCACCGAUUCCACCAUGUAUUAUAAAGUUAUUGAUUACGUACGAUUUGUUUACGUUCAUAAACACUUGAAGUGUGAAUGGAUCGUAGAGCUUUAGCGCCGAACUCAACACAUUGUGUUCACAAACCCAUCUCAACGAGAUAUUAUUAACUUUUUCACUUUGGUAUCACAAUCUUCGUUUUGGUCGUUUCGAAAAAAUGAUUAUAUCUCUUUUGAUACAAUUAGUUGUUUUUUUUCUGCCGGGCAAGCAAAUGUUUCGAAAACUUUUAUUGGAAGUUUGAAGAUCUCAUUCCAAUGCACCAGGCAUGGCUCUGUGGUAGCGUGCGCGCCUUUCAACCUGCAGGUCGAGGUUCAAAUCUCCUGGCUGGUACCCGAACUUUUCAAGAAAAAAUGCAUGAAGGUUUGAAUACAAGUCAGUAGAGGUAGUCCAACAUUGUAUACAACAUUGUACAACAUUGUAUACAUUGUAUACAAGUAUGCGCGUAAGACAAAAAUUGCAUGCAAGACUCAUAUUUUUGCAUUUUUGGUGGCCUAAAUCCUAUCUGAUUGAGAUAUAAUCUUGAUAUGAUGCCAGGGUGGCCACAGAACCGGGAAAACCGGGAAAAAACCGGGAAUUGAAAAUCGAACCGGGAAAACCGGGAAAAACCGGGAAUUCAGACCCAAAACCGGGAAAAUUAACAAAAAAAAUUAAAAUUUAGUUUUGGUUCCAAGACCCGGGAUUCACCCCAAAAUUCAAAAUUAGGAAUUAUUAUUUUAAUUUGCAAUAAUACAAACGUUCAAAAAAUGUGUGGUAAGAAAAUCAAAAGUUGGGAAAUUUGAAAACUAAUAGCAUCUCGUCAAUUAACUUUGAAAUGGAAUCUCAAUUAUCACCGGAACCCAGAGUUCAAAACUGUCUUAAAGAAUGAAAUAAGAAAUUCGAAAAGUUUCUUAAAAUGUGUUCAAGUAUCGCAUGUCACUACAUUCAUUUAAAAAAAAACUAUUGAUCAUAUAAAAACAAAUGAAUUGAAGAUUUGUUUUCAAAGAAUUCAGAUCUCUUUGUUGUACACUUGGAAAUGUAAAAAGAGGCUAAUAUUAUAACUUUCCAGUGAUAGUAUUUGAUUCAAGAGUUAAAAACAACACAGAAAUUAAAAACAAAUCUUCAUAUCAUCUUUGCGCAUUUUUGUAGCAUAAUAACGACAAAUUAAACAUCUCUUAAAAUUUGAGGAAACGAUCUCCUUUCACAAGCCCUGUUUGGGAAAAAAAUUCAUCCGUUAACUAUUUUUAAAGUUGAUUUUAAAAAUUUAAUUUUCUCAAAACAAAUUAGUAGUCAUAAUUUAUUCAAAAAACUUCAAAUUACACUUCAUAAUGCUUGAAUAUGUUACGAAUUCAAUAAAAAUUUUUUACCUGAUUCGUGACAUAAAAUUUCAAGGAAAUUUCUUUAAAUUCCAGUUAAAAUUUACUUGAAAUGGCCUUGAAAUAGGACUUUUAAGUUACACUGUAAAGAAUUUAUAAGUGCUUUUGAUGAAAUUAUUUUACAACUAUUCAACAUCGAUACUUUUCUAAAAAUAUGUUUGUGUUUCAAGUGAAGUACUUAAGGAAAAUAUCAUUGUAUUUAACUGUUUAAAAGAGAUUUUGUUUAAUUAAAUUAUUGAAUUCGAAUUAAUUGUUUUACUACGUUUUUUUGUUAGAUUCACAAGGCAACAAAAUUCGUGGUGCCAAAGGUUUACGAGCUAAUUUUAACUUAUUUGAGGGCGCUAAGUCCAAAUAUGCUUUUUUUUCUUUCUACCAAACUUUUAACUUUUGAACAAAAAGGUAAAUUAAAAAAAAAAUCUUUUAUAAAAAAUUAGAAAAUUUAUAU